GGCUCUUGCUGAUUUUUUCUUUCAUCUGAAAGAACAAAAGCAGAACAAGUCUGAUCUCAUACUCCUCCGGCCCCUGAUCAACCACAACAGGAUCAAGGGGUUAUUAGACUGUGGAGCCACCCGGAAUUUCAUGUCUCCCAGUGCAGUUAAAAAGCUGCAUCUGGGCAUGAAAGUGGUGCAACUGCAGCAACCGUUGCAGGUCAGGAUAGGUGACUCCACUGUUCUGACCAUCGGGGAGAAGGUCAGGGGUAUCCUUGUUACCUUCAAUAGUGCUGGAGAAAUCAGACAUAGGCUGAACUUCUACAUAUUCCCUGAUCUACCCUUUGACCUGGUAUUCUCUAUGCAGUGGCUGAGAGCAGUCAACCCAAGGAUCGACUGGCAGAUCCCCAAGGUUGAGCUGCCGAACAGCAAGGGGGUGUAUCAGCCUUGUAUGAUUGCAGCUGAUCACCACCCUAAGACUUCAUGCUUCUGCUUGAGAGCGAGAGAGUUUUAUGCUCUCUCACGCCAGUAUGACCAUGAGCGUCUGUUUAUAGCUCUGGUCAAGCAGACAGACGCUCCCACUACUCCCUGUCCUCCUGAGAUACGGCAGGUUGUGGACCAGUAUGCUGAUCUGAUGCAGGAGCCGUUUGGGUUACCCAACCGGCCAACCAAGCAUCACAUUGAGUUGCUGCCUGGAGCGGUCCCUCCCAAGGGCCGCAUCUACAGGAUGUCACCUGCUGAGCUUGAGGAGCUCAGGCGACAGCUUGAGACCCUGACCAGCAAGGGCUGGAUCAGGCCCAGCACUUCUGAAUUCGGUGCUCCAGUCCUCUUUGUUCCAAAGUGGAGUGGUGAGAUGAGAAUGUGCAUUGACUACAGGGGUCUCAACAAGAUCACUAGGAAGAGUAUAGAGCCACUUCCUAGGAUCGAUGACCUUCUGGAUAUGGUCCAGGGUUGCACCAUCUUCAGCAAAGUCGACCUCAAAUCUGGCUAUCACCAGAUUGAGAUGGCAGAGGAGGAUGUCCACAAGACGGCUUUCAAAACCAGAGCAUUGCGUGGCGUGCAUGCAGUUGGUGGAACUGGAAAAAGUCAAGCUGGCCUCUGGAAGCCCCCUCCACAAUCACAGCCACAAAUUCCUGCUGGACCUGUUGGUGGAGAUGAUUUUGGGCAGCGCCAGAACAAACCAAGAAGGUAUUCAGAGAUGAACUUCAACUCGUGAAAUUGUCCGCAUAGAAGGGGAAAGUUAUGAUUAAGAAAUGUGAUAAGGAAACAAGCGAGCAAAACUGUGUACAUGGAGAGUGUUUGUCAUUCAAGAAGACCUCUGUCAAAACAUGGCACACAGUCUUAUGAGUUCCCAGCAGGUGUUGUGACGUGCAUACCGUAUAUGGGAAGCAGGCGGUGGGAUCCUUGUCAAGGGCCCAGGACCAGAGAAGACAUCCGGGUCCGAAUUUGUGAGGGGUUGAUGCAGGUCGGCUGCAAGGCAAAAUUGAGCUCAUGAGCACGAGUUAGAAUUUUGUCGCGAAGAAUUUUCAGUGAUUGAGAAGCAUCAGGCAAUGGAACUGAGACAGACGGGAUGGAUUCAUAUAUGUAAUUGCUGCUAAGGAACUGACUCCCAUUCAACAGCGUAUUGAAGGCUGGGAAUCAUGCAUGGGGUUGCAGUCACCAUGGAGACCUCUUCAAAGAAGUGUUUGGCUCAGAAUCUGAGUCUUUCUUCUGAUGAUGGACAAGUGCAGAACAUACAGGCAUCCACAAAGCACAGUGCAUUUCAUUGUGCCUGGUCAGGGGAUGGGGUUGUUUUAGGAUGUACAGAGCUACCAGAUGGCCAUUCUGUCGUUACAUAUGCUUGGGCAACAUGGCCUAGUGCUUCUUUUCCAUGUUUUUCUUCCUUGUCCGGUGCAGUUUCAUGUGAAGCAGGUCUUUGAGGGAUCCUAGGAGUCGUACUGCCCAUUAAGAUCUCAGGAGACUCAACUAUUUCUGGUUCCCUUGCAAUCAAGUGGAUCCUUUGUGAUAAUGACAUGCUUGUCAUAAGGUGUAUCACAAUGAAUGGAAGCGAAUAUUGGAUUGCUUUCAGGAUCAGCAGCUGGAUCUGAGAGCCAUAUGGUCCCAACAGGUUCACCGCUUUACCAUUUUUGAUGAUGAUGAGAUUCUUGCAUCUUGAGGGAGAGAUAUGAUGCCUGUCUUCCAGAGGCAGCAAGGCUUGCAUCAGUUGUUUGCAAAGACCGUGACAGCCGAUGGUUGUGAAGUCCAGGGGUUGGGGGGAUGCUUUUCACAUCUAUGACCAACCAGUCUGAAGGAGCUCUAUGCCUUACAGCUGCUUCAGAAGGAAGUCAUUCCUGAGGUAAGUCCUUAUUAUUUAUAUGAUGGCUCUGUGCCUUAGAGCUGCUUCAGAAGGAAGUCAUUCCUGAGGCUGGAUGAAGAGGACUGCUGUCAUCAUCUGUAGAAAGUUAUUCAGCACUGCUAUAUGUCCCAACUUGUCAAAGAAGUUGACAAAAACUAUUUCUGGCAUGGUGCCGCAACUUCAUGAAAGUCGUGAAAGAUUGUGCCUGUUCCUAUUGUGUCAGGAAAGCAUAGCGAGGAUGUAUAUUUACAAGGGCGUAAAAGAUAAGGCUAUCAUCAUGCAAACGAAAUGCAACAGCGUGCAACUGUUUCUCAACCAGCAAGUCACUGGCCCUGAGUUGGGGAGCCAAUUGCAUGCAUCCAUGUCUAAGGCCAGAACCGGUUCAGGAGUGACAGGUUGUGUUUGGGUUUGUGAAUAUAACAGUUCGUUUUUCUCCCAUCUCUCCCAUCUAAAAUGCUGAGAAAUUUAAAAUGUCAAGACAAUUUUCAAUGGCAUAGCAAGGAUUCAAUUUUGAAGUCUUCCAGGUGAUAAUGAAACGUUCACUUUGUA